AUGGUACGAGAUGGAGCCAUGCGUGCCAAGUUCGUUGGGGAGCUCGUGAACCUGUGCGAGACUUAUGGGUUUGAUGGAGUGGACUACAACUGGGAGUAUCCAGGCUACAUCUUCGGAAGAGGUUACCUCGCUGAGAGCGAAGUGAUUGCCGAUUACGAGGGGUUGGAAAAUCUGCUGAAAGACACCAAGGACGAGACAGCACAGGACAGGAAAGUAGAGCACAGCACAGCACAGCACAGCGCAGCACAGCACAAAUCAGGACAGGACAGGACAGGACAGGACGGGUCUGGUCUGGUCUAUUCAACGGAGUGCGACUGA